AUGGGACUAAACGACAGCAGCCCGGGCGCCAUGCGGAAUGGCCGUGGCCUCUCGGACCAGUGGGCAGAGUCAGUGGUGGUCCGGCCUCGAACCACCGAGCGCCACAUCACGGUGCACAAGCGCCUGGUGCUGGGCUUCGCCCUCUCCAUCCUCACCCUCAUCAUCGUCACGGCGGUGGCUGUGGUGCUCAGCGUCCGCUUCGAGGAGUGCGGCGGACGAGAUCGGGACGGAGCAAUGGGGGAGUCGGGCUCGCGAGGCACCGGAGGGUCAUCGAAGUUGAACGGGAGCAGAGGGGAGAGGACGGGGGAGAGAGGGGACGACGAGGCGGUCCAGCCGUGGAGGAACUCGAGGCUGCCGGGGUCUCUGAGGCCGCGGCACUACGACCUGCGGCUCGCCGUCUACAUGGACAACUUCACCUUCUCUGGAGAGGUCAGCAUCGAGCUGGAGUGCGUCAACGCCACCAGAUUCAUCGUGCUGCACACUGACCGCCUUGAGGUGGACCGCGUGUCUGUCACAGCAGAGGGCGGCGCCGGUGGCCGGCCCGCCAACAGGCCCGGGGGCGGAGCCAUGCGCAUCCACCGCCACUUCCCCUACCCGGCCAAUCAGAUGUACGUGGUGGUUCUGCACCGCGAGCUGAAGCCGAUGAGAGUUUACCGGCUGAACGUGAGCUUCGACGCCGCCAUCGAGGACGAGCUGCUGGGCUUCUUCAGGAGCUCGUACACCCUGCAGAGAGAGAGACGGUACCUGGCGGUGACUCAGUUCAGUCCGAUCCACGCCAGGAAGGCCUUCCCCUGCUUCGACGAGCCCGUCUACAAGGCCACGUUCACCCUCACCCUCCGCCACGACCCUCAGUACACCUCGCUCUCCAACAUGCCCGUGGAGAGCACCUUGCUGGCGGACGAGGACGGCUGGGUGACCAACCGCUUCGCCCGCACGCCACGCAUGUCCACGUACUACCUGGCCUGGGCCGUCUGUAACUUCACCUACAAGGAGACGCAGACCGACAGCGGCGUGACGAUCCGCCUGUAUGCUCGGCCGGAUGCCAUUUCUAGUGGCGCAGGGGACUACGCUCUCCACAUCACCAAGAGGCUUCUGGGAUUUUACCAGGACUACUUUAAAGUCCAGUACUCACUGCCCAAGCUCGACUUGCUGGCGGUGCCCAAACAUCCCUACGCCGCCAUGGAGAACUGGGGGCUGAGUGUCUUUGUGGAGCAGAAGAUCCUACUGGACGCUGAGGUGUCGUCCUCGUCCUAUCAGAUGGAGCUGACCAUGGUGGUCGUCCACGAAAUCUGCCACCAGUGGUUUGGUGAUCUGGUGACUCCAGUGUGGUGGGAGGACGUCUGGUUGAAAGAAGGCUUUGCUCAUUUCUUCGAGUACGUCGGCACCGACUUCCUCUUCCCAAAGUGGAACAUGGAGAAGCAGCGCUUCCUGACCGAUGUCCUCCACGAGGUGAUGCUAUUGGAUGGCCUAAGUUCCUCCCACCCGAUCUCACAGGAAGUGGAGCAGGCAACCGACAUCGACCGAGUCUUUGACUGGAUCGCCUACAAAAAGGGGGCGGCGUUGAUCCGGAUGCUGGCGAACGUGAUGGGACAGACGCUGUUCCAGAAAGGACUCAAUGAUUACCUGCUGAGUCACAUGUACAGCAACGCAGCCAGAGACGACCUGUGGAACAAACUGUCUCAGGCCAUGCGUUCAGAGGGGCGGGACAUCAACAUUGGACAGAUGAUGGACAGGUGGACUCUGCAGAUGGGCUACCCUGUCGUAACCAUCAGCAAGAACCAAUCAGAGCAGCUCCCCACUCAUUACAUCACUGUCAGCCAGGAGCACUUCCUGUACGGACAGGAAGUCAAGAGCAACAACAGUUUACAGUGGCAGGUUCCUCUGACGGUCGCCGUGGGAAACGCUUCCAGUGUUUGCUCAGAGAGCCUCAUCUGGAUCAACAACAGGACAGAAACUCACAGGAUUGGUCAGAUGGACGACAACACAUGGUUGCUAGGCAACAUCAAUCAGACAGGCUACUUCCGUGUGAACUAUGACCUCCAGAACUGGAAACUGCUGAUUCAGCAGCUGCACAACAACGCUCAGAUCAUCUCAGUAGGAAACAGGGCAGGACUAAUUGAUGAUGCCUUCAACCUGGCCAGGGCCGGGUACCUCCCACAGGGCAUCCCCUUGCAGCUGAUUGGCUACCUGCCGGAGGAGUCGUCCUUCCUGCCGUGGCACUCCGCCAGCCGAGCGCUCUACCAGCUGGACAAACUGCUGGACCGCACGGAUGAGUACAGCCUGUUCAGUGACUAUGUGCUGAAGCAGGUUGCAUCACGGUACCAUCAGAUGGGUUGGCCAACAAACGGCCCCGGCAGCGAGGGCAACGUGCUGCAGGCAUCCUACCAGACUGAGGAGUUACAGCGGGAGCUCAUCAUGUUAGCGUGUAGCUUUGGGAACAAGCAGUGCCACCGUCAGGCCGUCGCCUACAUCUCUGACUGGAUCUCCAGCAACAAGAACAGGAUCCCUCCGAACAUCAGAGACAUAGUUUACUGCACCGGGGUGAGUCUGAUGGACGAGGACGUGUGGGAGUUCAUCUGGAUGAAGUUUCACUCCACCAACGCCGUCUCAGAGAAGAAGAUCCUGCUGGAGGCUCUGACCUGCUCGGACAACGCCUUCCUCCUCAACAGGUUACUGAACCUGUCCUUGACCUCUGACCUGGUCCCAGAGCAGGACGUGAUCGACGUCAUCAUCCACGUGGGCAGAAACCCUCAGGGUCGAAACCUCGCCUGGAAGUACUUCAGAGAAAAGUGGGACAUCCUCAACGCACGUUAUGGCGAAGCGCUGUUCAUGAAUUCGAAGCUCAUCGGUGGAGUCACAGAGUUCCUGAACACUGAGAGAGAACUCAAUGAGUUAAAGGAGUUCAUCCAGACCAGCAGCGUCGGGGCGGGGCCUGCGUUGCCGCGGGCGCUGGAGAUCGUCGAGGGCAACGUGCGCUGGCACCACCUCCACCGACGGCAGUUCUACCAGUGGCUGCGCAAACCUCCAAGCCCCGCCCUCGGCUAACGCUACACCAGCUAGCUAGAGUGAAGCGACUGCAAACUGACUGCUAACUCAAUGCUAACGCACUGCUAGCUAACAGAUGCAGUCAGAUAAUACUACAAAAAAAAAUGACUGAGUGAAGAGAGAGACUGACCUGAGUGUUUCUCUGCUGGUUUUGCUUUUAAAGAAUUUUGUUUGCAAAGUUUUUUGAUUCAGAAAUAUAUUUCUUCAAAGCUGCACGUUAGCUAGUGAUCACUGAUUCGGUAAUCGCAAGCUAGCAACUAGCCUCAAAACUCCCCAGUGACUAAACCACAACAACUUCUGAGUUUAAAUAGAAGCAGAUGAUUUGAACAACAAUUUAACAAACUUUUAACAGACAAUAUGUCAUUUUCUGCUGUCUCAAUCAAAACAAUAGCAAAAGACAGAGCAAUCCCGUCACUGCAGUCAGUUUCUCCAGGUUAGGAUUCCUUCAGUGUUACUUGUUCAGGAGGUUUUUACCAGGAGCUGAAUUAUCCACAGAAGUCUCUUCCUCUCUGAAACAAACAGACACGGUGAUUCAAAACAGUAAAAACACUGAAUAAAGCAGAUUCACGUUAUAAAUCUGUGUUUCUCAGAUGCACUUUGGUUCAUCGUGGACGGGCUGUUAGCCCAGCACCUCCUAAUCUGCGCUCACCUUUUGUGUCUGAUAACGUAAGAUCCAGAUGUUCAGGAGUUUUUACUGUGAGCUGAAAUAUCCACAGAGAUCUCUUCCUCUCUAAAACAAACAGACCAGCUGAUUUAAACCGUUAAACACACUCAAUAAAGCUGCUUCAUGUUAAAGAUCAGUGUUUCUCUGAUGCUGUUCAGCAUGGCAGGGGCUGUUAAUAUUUGUUCAGCUUGUUUCUCUGAUAACUUGCGAUCCAGACGUUCAGGAGGUUUUAACCAUGAGCUGAAUUAUUCCCAGAAGUCUCCUCCUCUCCAAACAAAUGGCCCUGAUGAUUUAAACCAGUAUAAACACGUAAUAAACCAGUUUCACGCUGAAAAUCAAUGUUUCUCUGACACUGUUUGGCACAGCAGGGACCGGAGCCGAGCUUCCUCUGAUGAAAUGACCAAGAUAUAAAAGUACAUCAUAAAAAUGUGAUUAAAAAGUCAAUUAAAGACAGCUUAUGGCAGAAAACACAAAGAGGAUUAGACGCUACUGACAGGUGACAGCGACCACAUGAUACAGACCGUGUUCUUGAUUAAAAUGUUGCUCUGGGUCUGAACUUUGUCGGAAGCGUUUGGGAUGAAGUUUAAAACUCAA